AUGGUCUUCGCAAAGAUCCUACGGGGGAUCGUGCGCAAUGAUGCGAUGCGCACUGAUCCCGACCAAAUUUACAAUGCCAAAGUCCUGGCUCUCGUAUGCUCUGCCUGCUUUGGCGGCAUGCUCUUUGGUUGGGAUACCGGUGCCAUCGGUGGCGUUCUGGCCAUGGACCAGACAAGCGAAAGGUUUGGGUACCUGCACAGAUCGAAAACAGACAAGUCCAAUUUGGACCAAAAUAUCGUUUCAACGCUGCAGGCCGGUUGCUUUGCAGCUUGUCUUGUGACGUUCUGGUUCGCCGACAGGUUUGGUCGCCGCUGGAGUCUCAUUGGAGCUGGUGUCAUCACCGUCAUUGGAGUCGUCUUCCAGGCUGCAUCUGCCAUAGAUGGCACCUUGGCAGUUAUGUACGUCGGAAGAUUCAUCGCGGGGCUCGGUGUUGGUGCUGCGUCGACCUUGACCCCGCUGCUUCCCGCCGACUCGGAAUACGUCUCCGGGGAGAUUCAAGAAAUGGUGGAUCAACUCGAUUAUGAGCGCCGUUUGAUGGGCGAUGCCACCUUUAAGAGUUUGAUGAAAGAGAUGUGGCUCGUCCCUGCCAACCGACGGCGCGCUGUGAUCUCCAUUCUCCUUAUGAUAUGCCAGCAGCUCACCGGUGUGAAUGCCAUUAAUUAUUACGCCCCUCAGAUUUUUACGAAUCUUGGAAUGAAUGGGACUGAUUCGUCGCUCUUUGCAACCGGUGUUUACGGCAUCGUGAAGACUAUAGCCGUUUGUUUAUUCCUACUCUUCGUUGCGGACUCAUUAGGCCGACGGAAGAGCUUGUUGUAUACCAGCCCAAUGUUGGUUAUCGUGUUGUUCAUCAUUGGUAUAUAUGGGCGCGUGCAGCCUCCUGUUACCGGAGAGCCCGUCACUGCGUUUGGAUAUGUCGCUAUGGCUUGCAUUUACCUCUGGGCAGCCAUCUUUCAGUUUGGCUGGGGGCCGGCUUGCUGGAUCCUGGUCAGUGAGAUCCCUUCCGCGAGAUUACGUGCCGCAAACGUCGCCAUUGGUGCUGGUACCCAGUGGCUCUUCAAUUUUGUCAUGGCUCGAACCGUCCUUACCAUGCAAAACACCAUGGGCUACAAGGGUUAUGGCAUGUUUUUCAUGUUUGGUAGUUUCGAUAUUCUCAUGGGGUUAUUUGUGUUCUUCUUUGUCCCUGAGACUAAAGGUCUCAGCCUGGAGAAAAUGGAUGAGCUCUUUGGCAUGAAUGAGACCGUCAAGCAGCUAGACGCAGAGCCGGAAACCGGACGACCUGUCAGCGUGCACGAAGAUCGAGCCACGAAGACAUAA